AUGGAUCCUGUCAUGAAGUUCAGCACGAGAACCUUGAUGGUACUGUUGCUCUUUGCCGUCGCCAGCUGUGUCCACUUCCUCUUCUUGGCCUGGAAACGAUCCAAGGGUGAGGGCGGCAAAGGCCUGCAGAUCAGCCUUUUGGCGAGGACCGCGGGCACUCUUUUCAUGGUCUUCUUCAUCUCUCUGUGCUCAUCGCUCUUGGCCCCUUUCCGUUGCAAUAUCCACCCUAACGGCCGUUGGACUGUGCAAGCUUACCAUGGAGUGUACUGUGAUGGAGUUGGUCCUCAUCAAGUCAUGGCCGUCGUUGGUGGAUUGGCAUGUUUGUUGCCUUUGGGCUUCCUGGCUAUCUGCAUGUGGGUCAUCAUCAUUGAGCUGCCCAAGAGGCUCCAGCAAGCUGAUGUGAAGUUCUUGCGCGCCUGUUCAUUCCUCUUCAUGCGCUUCCGUCCUGGGGCAGAGAUCUUCAGUGUCCUUUUCCUGAUCCGCAAUGCGCUUGUUGUGCUGUGUCCUUUGUUGCCAGGCUCUUCAGCCAAGGUGGUGUCGAUGAACCUGAUUUUGUACGGAAGCCUUGCAAUGACCGCUUACAGCAAGCCUUGGAGAGCGAAUGUUUGCAACUUCCUGGAUAUGAUGUUGGUGACUGGCAUGUUGGUGAUCCUGGACAUGGGCUCCCUGUUCAUUCAAGACAAUGAUGGCGGCACCACGAUGGUCAUUUGUUUGAUCUUCUCCGCAAUGAUGCUGCUGUCGAUCAUUGGAGCUGUCUUCUAUGGAGUGGCCAAGCAUUUUAUGCAGAAGUAUCGCAAGCCGUUCAGGUACUUCUUGUGUCACCAGAAGAUUGCAGCUGGAUCCAUGGCUCGUUUGCUGAAAAUGGAGCUGCAGAAGAGGAACUCCAAGUUUACCACCUUCGUCGAUUGUGAUGACUUGAACGAUCUCACCAGGCUGUUCAGCUACGUCGGCCAAGAUACAGAAACCUUCGUGAUCAUGGGAUCUCCAGAUAUCUUGACGAGGAAGUGGUGUGUCGGGGAGAUGUGCACCGCCCGCAGCCACAAGGUAAAGACUGUUCUCCUCGCCUGGCCGGAUUUCGUGAAGCCUGACAAGAACUUCAUUGAGAAUUAUGAUAGCAUUGUGCCCGAUAUCACAGAGCUGGCAAACUAUAACAUCGGCCUUCAAGAGGUGCAAGACACGAUGGCCUGGAUCAACACAGUGGAUACAAUCAAUGUCCCAUCGCUGGUUUGUGGCGAAUCCAUCGAGCAUAUUUGCGGCAACUUGACGGGAACGCAACGAACUCGCUCAAUUGCAGAUACUCGUGAGUCACCAGAUUGCAUCAUUGUGUCGGAUCUUGACAACAUGGAGGCUGCAGCCACCGCCUAUGUCUUGUUGGGCUUGAUUGUUCCCAAGUUGGUGGGUGGCCAGAAGAACAACAUGCCUGCAGUGCUGCAGAAGGACCGAUCUGUGCCGAACAGCGCGUGCUCCGCUUUGGUGAUUUGCAGCGAGGGGUGCUUCAAGCAAUUCCAAUUUGGAGACUGGCUGAUGCAAGUGGCAAAGUUGCCCGAUUGUUGCGUGCUACCCAUCAUCGCAGAGGAUGGCUUCCGCUUCCCAUCGCCUUCCUACUAUGAGGAGCGGAAGGUCGAAAGGAUGUUGGAGCGUAGACUCAAUGCAGAUUGA